AUGUCGAUAAGUCCCAAGGGCAAGUUGAAGAAAGAAGCAUCAACUAGCACCUUCUCUACCACUGCAAUAAUCCCACAACCAAUACAAAAAAGAGACGGCGAGUACAAGCUACAGAUCAAGAAACAAAUCUUGCAGGUUGUUCCUGGACCAGGUAGAUAUCUUGGGAUCUUCAUUCAAAUCAGCAACCACGUCAAAUACCCGCGGUAUACCCUAGUCCCGCACGAUAUUCUGCCGGCCACGAAGACGAUAAAGUUGAACCCUAGGCCCAGCUAUCAGAAUGCCGAACAUCUCUUGUGGUUUGAUUCCCUGAGUGGCUCGGGCAUGCGCCAUAUACUGCACCAGCUGCCGGCGAUGUGCUUCCCAGUCCACCCUAGCCGAAUUUGCGGCUGUGCUGGGAAGAAGUUUGGAUUUAGUGAAGACCACUUCGUCCCGCACCAUCCAUAUGAGUUAAUGCGUGGUAUUUCUGAUCCUAUGCGUGAUAUCCAUACGCUCGCGUAA